ACGGUUUGCGGCUGUGGUGGACUACCUGGAAUCCGGACAAAUUGCUUCGCCUUGAUUUCGAGAUUCGCAUCGCAAUAUUCUUUUCAUUCCCCGGUUUACGCAGCAGCAGCACCAUGUGGAACGACGAAUGCUGGGAUGAUGAUGUGACGGACGCACAGCCUGCCCCCAAAAAAGCGGCCCCUGCUCCUGCGAGAACGUACGAGCCGCCUCAUUAUUCCAACUACAACCGCCAGGAUCGUGAUUCUAGGUAUGGUGCAGAAAGAAGAGGUGACGGUGGUCGCUCCGGUGGUGGCAGCGGCGGUGGAGAUAGAGCUUAUCGUGGCCGCAACAACGACACAGGAAGCGACAGUGUCACAAUACCGAUCCCGAGUAAUAUGGUGGCAAAGGUGAUCGGAAGAGGCGGCGCCACGGUUCGGCAGAUGCGUGAAGAAAGCGGAGCAAGGAUCGAUGUUGAUAAUGCCAACGGUGAGGGUACGGUUCGCAUAUCCGGAUCGGCAAGUGCGGUUGAAGUAGCCCGGAAGGCGAUCGAUAAUUUAUUGAAUGCCUCCAGCUACGGAUCGGACAGCGGGGGACAGCGGUACAGCCAGGGUGGCAAUUCUCACCGUUUCCGCGACUCGCACCGAUCCGAUUCUUCGCGAGGCGGUUGGUCGCAGCCAAGCCGAGAGUUCGAGCGGUCGUCCUCGAACCACUAUUCGAAACCCGGCGCAGGGUACGGUAACGAUGCCGAGGCAGAUGACAAGUUUGAGAUCAUCGAUUGGACCGCGCUGAACAAAGCGUCCGAUGAGGCGUCGCGUGAACGAUGGGCCAAGUGUCCGCCGCUCACGAAAGUGUUUUACCGCGAGUUGGAAGAGGUAGCGAACAUGGCACCGGCGGAGGUGGCCACCUUUCGCGAACAAAACAACAAUAUCGUUGUCGAUCGGACGUUCAAGAACGAGAACGGCGGAAAUGGGCGACCGAUACCGAAUCCGGUGCAAACGUUUGCCCAGGCGUUUGGUGACUAUCCGGAUUUGAUGGAGGAGCUGCGCAAACAGGGCUUCACCAAACCGUCGCCUAUUCAGUCGCAAGGGUGGCCCGUGCUGCUGCAGGGCGAAGAUAUGAUCGGUAUCGCGCAAACGGGUACGGGCAAGACGUUGGCCUUCCUGCUGCCCGCCUUUAUCCACAUUGAGGGACAAUCGACACCGCGCUCGGAACGCGGUGGUCCGAAUGUACUCGUACUGGCACCGACACGCGAGCUGGCACUGCAAAUCGAAAAGGAGGUCAGCAAGUAUCAGUUCCGUGACAUUAAAGCAGUCUGUCUGUAUGGUGGCGGGGAUCGGCGUGCGCAGAUGAACGUUGUACGAUCCGGAGUCGAAAUCAUUAUAGCGACGCCGGGCCGGCUGAACGAUCUCGUGCAAGAGGGAGUGGUGAACGUGUCCAGCAUCACGUACCUGGUGUUGGACGAAGCCGAUCGUAUGCUGGACAUGGGCUUCGAACCGCAGAUUCGCAAAGUGCUGCUUGAUAUCCGGCCCGAUCGACAAACGGUCAUGACGAGUGCAACGUGGCCGGAUGGGGUGCGCCGACUGGCGCAGAGCUACAUGCACGAUCCGAUACAGGUGUACGUGGGAACGCUCGAUCUCGCUGCCGUACACACCGUCACCCAGCACAUCGAGUGUCUCGACGAAGAGGACAAGUACAACCGGAUCAUGCAGUUUGUGAAGCAGAUGGGAACGAAGGACAAGGUGAUCAUAUUCUGCGGCAAAAAGACCCGCGCCGACGAUCUAUCGUCCGAGUUCGUGCUGAACGAUAUCAGCUGCCAGUCGAUCCACGGUAAUCGCGAGCAGUCGGACCGGGAGCAGGCACUGGAGGACAUUAAAAAGGGAGUGGUACGGAUCUUGAUAGCGACCGAUGUUGCCUCCCGAGGGCUUGACAUUGAGGACAUUACCCACGUCGUCAAUUAUGAUUUCCCGCGCAACAUCGAGGAGUACGUUCAUCGAGUGGGGCGUACGGGACGCGCUGGCCGUACCGGUACGUCGCUCAGCUUUGUCACCCGCUCUGAUUGGGGUGUGGCCGCCGAGUUGAUCAAGAUCCUGGAGGAAGCGAACCAGGAGGUACCGGACGAGAUUCGCGAAAUGGCGGCCCGGUUUGCGGCGAAAAAAGAGCGCAACGAUCGUGACCGACGUGGUGGUGGUUUUGGUGGCGGUGGCGGGCGAUUCGGCGGUGGAAAUAACCGACGUUGGUAAUUUUCAUUCCUCCCAUUUUCUUUUUCUCUCUCGUUUUUUUUGACAUCUUCACUAUUUCAUCAUGAAUUACCGAAUCCGAAUCUUAUUCCAAACGUAGUUACCAAACUUGUAUUUUGCCACGCAACGGGUAACAUACGGCGGAGAACUGCUGUGAGUAGGGUUAGGUUAAGUUGGAUUGGUAGCUGAGCUACUUGGAGUCCAGGCGGAGCACUGUUGCGUUAUUCGAUGGACUGAACGAGAUGCGAAGUGCCUUGGUUGUGAAUUGUCCUGAAAAGAAGGCUCUGCUGAAAACGGCAAACGGUAGCGUGUAAGAAAAGGCUGUUCGCUUCGAAUUGAAUUUUGCCCACCAAAUAAGCAAGUUAAUUUUGUGUAAUUCGUAAGGUAGACGUAAGCAAAACAAAACAAAAGAAAAACUA